AUGGCUCCGAAAAUUAAUAAUAAAAAUAAAUCCAAUGUUGGUCAAGUCCAACAAAAAUCGGAAAUCAAUCGUAAAAUAAUGGUUCUUGUUCGUGAUGAAACAUCACAAAUCAUGUCGAUUGUCGAUUACAAAAAUGUUUCUCUCGUAAACAAAUCCGCAAAACUUGAAGUUGGUACUGCAAUUACUUGGCAAAAUAGUUCGAAAGAGCGUUUUCGUGGUGUUGUCUUAGCUGUCGGUACCGAAUCUGAAUGUUUGAGUGCAGUGUUUAUCAUCGAAAAUAACAUUACAGAUCAAACAAUUGAAGCAAAUAAAUCUCAACGAAUUCCAUUACAAUCGUCAAUUACUAUUGAAGAAAACAUUGAUGAACAAAAGUCCAUUGACAAGAAACUUGAUGGUGUUAGUGGUCAAUCACUUGAUACUGAUGAUGAAGAAGGACAAGAACGUGAUACAUCAUCAUUUACCACAAACGAUGAAUCACUUGUCAAAUCUAAUUCUUCUGGUAAACGACCACUUGCACAAAUUGAUUUAAAUUCAAAUGUUAAUCAGAAGAUUAAAAAACCACGUGGUGUAGUAUCAGUUCCAUUUUCCGUAUAUAGUUCGAAGGAGAAAGAAUGCCUUCUAUUACAAGAACGGAUCAAUGUUUAUGAACAAACAUGGAUGCCACGUCCAUCCAAUCCAUCUGUUAUUCAAUAUUUUAUUGAAAUAGCGAAUAUUUUAGCUGGUAAUUCCAAUGAUGGUGAACAAGAAGAUAAAGAUGAAAUGUUAGAAAAAAUCAAAUUAGAUUUAAAUAUGACCGAAAAUCAACUUAUUAUGUGUCAUGGACGUAAUUCUACAAAAACAGUGAGAAAACUCAUGAAGUUUAUUUUUCCCAAUCCGACAGAAAAUGAAACAAUUAAAAGUAUUGAGAAUAAUAUUAUUGAAUCAAUCAUUAAAUACACACGAAUAGCAAAUCCGACUGAUCGAACAGAAGAUACAGCAUUAAGACAUGCAAUUAUCUAUGCUCUAGCACAUUAUACUAAUACUUCUUCUCACAUUGAAGAAAACGAAGCAUUCGCUGAUGAAAUUCAAAUGAUAGAAACACAUGAUGUUGAAAUGACGAAUGCGGAAGAAAUAACGAACAAUGAUAAUGUUGAUGUGCAAAGAGAAUCAUCAACUGAUGAUGAAAAUGAAUUAGAUGCAGAAGAUUUUAUGGUUGUCGAUGAAAUGAACACAGAUGAAAGCAUGUAUGCAAUGUUAAUGAAUAAAAAUAGGUAG